CGUAUGGAUCCGUAGCCAACACAAAAAUAAAAAUCAUUCGGAAUGUUGGUAGUUUGUUACAGAGAACAGCCAUGUUUGUUUUCGACAUUUCGAAUUUGACAACAUGUUUGUUUUCGACAUUUCGAAUUUGACAACAUGUUUGUGAAGUUCGGUGUAUUUUUAAAUUUUAUUUUUAUUGAUAAUAACUGUGUUAUUUGAUUACUAAUUGUAUUGUAAUGGAGAAUAUACGACAUUACAGUUAUAGGAAGUGUGCGAUUUGUGGUUUGCGAAAGUUACCCAAGUCUAACACGCUCCUUUCAAGUUUUCCUUUAGACCCAGAUCAAUGCCGAUUAUGGGUGAAAGCAACUGGUGAUGAAGAUUUAAUUCAUUUGCCGAUUGAGAAGUUGCAUGAGCUAAAGUAUAUAUGUGGUUCUCAUUUUGUGCCUGAGUUUUUCAAUACCAAAGGAAAUCGUUUACUUAAAACUGCAGUGCCAACUGUGAAGCUUACUAGACCACCUUUAUCUGAUGAUACUUUGAAUGAGUUUCCUUUACAUGUUAAGUCCUUUUAUGAAAUGAGGAAAAAGGACUCAGGUGUAAUCAUGAGCAACGUUGAUAGAAGAAAUAAGAUACCGGCAGCUCCGUCAUUUGCUACAAGUGGCAAUCUCCUUUCAAACGUCGCACCGCCUACUGAACUUCCAAAUUUUAUUACUACAGUCCCAACAUCAGCCGCACCAGCUCCUAAGAAACCUGAAGUGGUUCCGCAGGCAGUGCCAGUAUCAUCACCAGUACCAGUAACACAAGCUAAUCAAGAUGUUGAAACAAAGCCAACACUUCAACAAUCACCAGAGAGUCCAGAGAAGUUUAGUCCAGCUAUUCCAUUAUCUAAAGGAGAGCCGACUUUACCGAUCCGGUCUCCAGAGGAUUCUUUGACUACAUUAUCCCCGGAGUCUCUACCUGAAUCAAUUUCAGAAAUUGAUCAACUGGGGGAUGUAAUGCCUGGAAGUGGAAUUCUUACUUGGAUGAAAGGUGCAGUUUCAAGCGGAGGUAUAUUGCAGAGAGUAGCUGAAAAAGCUAAGAGCUCAGUUGACUCAAUGAUCACAACUCUUGAUCCACAAAUGAAAGAGUAUUUAAGGAGUGGAGGUGAUCUAUGCAUAGUUGUAGCUUCAGAUAAAGAAGUAAAGGUUUCACCAGUUAGAGAGGCUUUUCAAACUGUUUUCGGGAAAGCAACAGUCAUCGGUCACGCAGCACAAAGUGACGUGACCGCGGCUCAGCCCGUCGGCUACGCGGCCGCUUACGCCGCGGCGAAGCAACGCAUCGCGUACGUGCGCUCCGAACACAACGAGCUCACCAACAACGUGCCGAUAGUCGCUAUAGAGGGUUUCAUACAGGAGACUGUGCCUGACAGAUGGUACGAGAUGUCGCUGCUGGUGCUGACGCAGCCGUCGCUGGGCAUCGAGCUGCAGCUGCAGUCGCAGGCGACGCCGGUGCCGGGCGCGGCCGUGGCGGCGGCGCGCGCGGCCGGCGCCGAGCCCGCGCCCACCGGCUACUGCCUCACCAUCGGCUCCAUCAUGGCCACCAACCUGCAGGUUCCACACACACAAUGGCACGAGGCGACAACGGGAGUGUCACGGAGGGAAAUAUUGUUGUUCGCAGCUAGAUCACUCGCGGGUUCAUAUAAGAAACUGCUAGCAGUUGCCGCUGAGACAUAAAAUGUUGGAAUUGAAGUUAAAGUUUUAUCGGAGAUUAUAUUAAUUUCAUGUUGGCACAAGGGAAGAAUUACUUAUUUAGUUUAUAAGUAUCUAUAUUGUAAUAUAAUUAAAGAAUUAAAAGUAUAUCAUAAAGAAUAAA